AUAAGUCAAUUUACUUUUAAAUUUACUAAAUAAAUUAAUAUUAAUUAAAUAAUCAUUGAAUUAAUAAUAUUUAAACUAUUUAAUUACUUUUGAAAAAUUCUUGAUUCAAAACAUCGGAUCACUUUCGAGAAAUGUGUAGCUAAAUAUUGAAUUAAAUAAUCAACUAAUCACGUAAAAAUAUUUAUUUUAAUAAAAAAAUUGAAUACAAAAUCGUUAAAUCAGCUGACAAUGUUAUACUUUAGAUAUUUUAUUUGUCAAUAAAAUAUUUUUUUGGUUAGGUUAAAAAGUUAGAUCAAUAGAUAAAGCUUGUAUCAACAUUGGCACCAUCGUCAUAGCAUUUUCGAUCAAAUUUGUUAUAUACAAGAAUAUCAGGCACAAUAAAAAACAACAUUGAAAACCUUCGCAUGCGCUAAGAAGUGAAAUAUUCGAAAUAAUAUCAUUAAACUGCUUUAUCUAAUUCAUAAGCAUAAAAUUCAAGUCUCCAAAGUUUCAAGUUUGUGUACACAUUUUAGUGACGUUUAGCACGAAAUAACAGCUUUCAAACCUAAAACACAGUGAAUUAAAUCCAGCAAUUUACCAAAAUCAUGGCUGAUAUCAAACAAGAACUUAAAUCCGAAGAUGGAGACAACUAUCCCAUGGGCAAUAAUGCUGAUCCAAAGAAUAUGCAGGAGUUGACACAAUUCGUCCAAACUCUUCUUCAAGGCAUGCAGGAUAAAUUUCAGUCCAUGUCAGACCAAAUCAUAGGGAGAAUAGACGAAAUGGGAAAUAGAAUAGAUGAUUUGGAGAAAAACAUAGCAGAUCUGAUGACUCAAGCUGGUGUAGAGAAUGCUGACAAAUGAACAAUCAAUAUCCAACAAAAUAUGAAUAUAUCAUAUCUAUUCUGAAUUUAAAUGUUUCCUUCUCUGCCAUCGAUAUACUUUAUUGGCUCUAACAAAUAAAAUAGAAUCAAUACG